AUGCUGUGGAGGCUGCCAGCUUCCGUCCGCUCAUUGCUUGUCCCAAGCUAUCGCCGUUUCGGUUCCUCCUCCGCGGCGACUGUCCCUCCGCUCAGAAUCCUGUUUUGCGGCUCCGACGACUUCAGCAUCGCAUCGUUGCGCGCAUUGUCCCAGGCCCAAAAGGAGGUACCCAAGCUCAUUGAAUCGAUUGAUGUGGUCCACCGUCCGGGGAAACGAACUGGACGGGGCCUGAAAACCCUACGCAACGUGCCAAUCAAAUUAGCAGCAGCAGAAGAGCUCUGUGUCACCCACACCAUUGACACAUUUACCGGCUGGACACCGCCCUCCCGAGUCGACCUUAUCAUCGCUGUGUCCUUCGGCCUCUUCGUCCCACCACGCAUUUUGAAUCUCGCUAAAUAUGGAGGACUUAACGUCCAUCCUUCGCUCCUUCCCGAUCUGAAAGGCCCAGCGCCUAUCCAACACGCCUUGCUGAAACGCAGGCAGUAUACAGGCGUUUCCGUGCAAACACUACAUCCAUCGCAGUUCGAUGGAGGAACAAUCCUGGCUCAGACGCCGUCGCCUGGCGUGACAAUCCCGGACUUGGCGACUGCGGAUGAUCUGACUAGGAGGCUAGCUUUUGAAGGAGCAGACAUGCUAGUCAACGUUCUGAAAACUCGAGCCUUUGUACCUCCGCUGAAAGACAUUGGGUGGUACAAGGAUUCUGGCGGACCAAUAGAUCAUGCCGGCAAGGUCAUGAAAGGGGACCAGCAGGUGGACUUUUCCAAAACGACGUUGGAAGAUGUCUUCGCCAUCAAGCGUGCGAUUGGCGAUCCUUGGUGCUGGCUUCCCAACGGUGAGAGGCUCAUGUUGAAUGAAUUUAGUGAGGCCAAGGGCCCUGGAAAAGACAGCGACGAGCGCAUAUGGAUCUCUGAAGGGGGGGAAUACAGGUGUGAAACAAGGCACUCCCCUGGUGCGAAUGGCUUGUGGACGUGUCUUAAUAAUUGA